CCUUCUUCCCUCUCCAUUUUAGCACCUCACCAAACUCUCUCUUCUUUGCGUUUUUUCUUUUGACAGAUUCACUCAAUACAGAUCGAAAGAUGGCUCUAUCAACAAGCCGAGCCAUUAACCACAUCAUGAAGCCGUUAUCGGCGGCGGUGUGCGCCACGCGCCGCCUAUCAUCGGACUCCACCGCCACAAUCACCGUGGAGACAAGUCUCCCUUUCACCAGCCACAACAUCGAUCCUCCUUCCCGCUCCAUCGAGACAAGCCCUAAGGAACUCAUGACUUUCUUCAAGGACAUGACGGAGAUGCGUCGGAUGGAGAUCGCUGCUGAUUCUCUCUACAAAGCAAAACUCAUCCGCGGAUUUUGCCAUCUGUAUGACGGACAGGAAGCUGUUGCUGUUGGUAUGGAAGCUGCAAUUACCAAAAAAGACUGUAUUAUUACUGCUUAUAGAGAUCAUUGUAUCUUUCUCGGUCGUGGUGGAACUUUAGUGGAGUCGUUUGCGGAGCUUAUGGGAAGGAGAGAUGGUUGUUCGAGAGGUAAAGGUGGUUCGAUGCAUUUUUAUAAGAAGGAAAAUGGAUUUUAUGGAGGUCAUGGUAUUGUUGGUGCUCAGGUUCCUUUAGGGAUUGGAUUGGCAUUUGCACAGAAGUAUAAAAAAGAGGAUUAUGUGACUUUUGCCAUGUAUGGUGAUGGUGCUGCUAAUCAAGGGCAAUUGUUUGAGGCUUUGAAUAUGGCUGCAUUAUGGGAUCUUCCUGCAAUUCUAGUUUGUGAGAAUAACCACUAUGGAAUGGGGACAGCAGAAUGGAGGGCUGCAAAAAGUCCAGCUUAUUACAAGAGAGGAGAUUAUGUUCCUGGUCUGAGGGUAGAUGGUAUGGAUGUCUUUGCCGUUAAACAAGCAUGCACAUUUGCUAAGCAGCACGCCCUCAAGAAUGGACCAAUUAUUCUUGAAAUGGACACCUAUAGGUACCAUGGUCACUCUAUGUCUGAUCCUGGAAGCACCUACCGCACUCGUGAUGAGAUUAGUGGUGUUAGACAGGAACGUGAUCCUGUUGAAAGAAUCAGGAGCCUCAUAUUAGCCCAUAAUAUAGCCACUGAGGCAGAGCUGAAGGAUAUUGAGAAAGAAAAUAGAAAAGUUGUAGAUGAAGCUAUUGCUAAAGCAAAGGAGAGCCCCAUGCCUGACCCUUCUGAGCUCUUCACCAAUGUAUAUGUGAAAGGGUUUGGAGUUGAGGCCUAUGGAGCAGAUAGGAAGGAACUCAGAGCUACACUUCCCUGAGGGCUGUGCUUGAUUUUUUGAUCACCUUUUCAUACGCACACGAGAUAAAGCUAUAAGUACAACAAAUAAUUGUGAUGGUAAAAUGAUUGGGCUUCAUCAAGCAUAGUGACUGAAAUGGUUUGUCUUAAAUGUAGGAAAUUCCCCCUUGUUAAUGUUUCCUUUCUCUUACUGUAAGCAUAAUUCUCGUGUAUUUCCCGUUUUCCUCUAUUCUUCUUCUUAGAUGGUAAUAAAUUUAAGUGUAGCACAACUACACGGUGUUUUGAUCA